GACAUUUCGGGCUGUACCCCUUCCAACACUCUUAGUUUUGUGUACUAUUUCUUAUUAAAAUUUAUUUUCAUUUCAGUUUUUGACGUAAAAGUCAUUUUUUCAUCGGUUUUUGACAUUACUGUUUUAUUUUUUUAGAAAGAUUUAUUAAACUAUGCCACCAAAAACAAAAGGUGGGAAGGCCGACGCUAAAGGAGGAAAAGCGGCGCCAGCAAAGAAGAAGGACACGCCAGCCGGAGGAAGCGGAAAGGCUAAGAAGAAGAAGUGGUCGAAGGGAAAGGUUCGGGACAAGUUGCAGAACAUGGUACUUUUUGACCAGGCGACAUUUGACAAGCUUUACAAGGAAAUUGUUUCGGUCAAAUUGAUCACUCCGAGCGUUGUUUCUGAACGUCUCAAGGUCCGAGCUUCUCUAGCGCGUGCUGGCCUUCGCGAAUUGCAUCAAAAAGGAUUAAUCAAAGUUGUGGUUAAGCAUGGAGCUCAAUUGGUGUAUACUCGAGCAACCAAGACAGAGGAAGCCUAG